GGGAUGAUCGAGCUUUGUUUACGAUUUCGAAAGUAAGAAGUAUCAGUAUUCCCCGAUAUGGCCGAGGCUUUAAACACCAAUGCCUCGAAAGCAAAACCAAGUUAUGGGGGCUCCACGGUUAAUAAUGCAGCCGUGACGCUGUCUGAAAUUCCUUCUAAGGAUACUGACCAAGAACCACCCCGACCUCAACUUUCAUUCAAAAGCAACGAUGACGAAAUAUUGCGUGAAGUGUGUCUCAACAAUGGCAUCAAUCACAAAAAGCUCAAAGUGGAGGGCCCUGAGGCUCGCACCCUGGAAAUGUUUUUCUCAGGAUUCCCUCGCCUCAUUGGGAUGCAUCAUUUCCCCAACCUUACUACCCUCACUGUGAUAGGCCAGAGUGUCAGUCGUUUGGAAGGACUGAAUGCUCUGCCUCUCCUUGAAGAACUCUGGGUUGCUGAAUGUCAACUGACAAAAAUAGAUGGCUUGCAGAAGUGCAAGAAUCUAACAAAGCUUUACUUGUAUGGCAACAAGAUACCUGUGAUUGAAAACAUCGACCAUUUAACCAGCUUGACUGUUUUAUGGCUGAACAAUAAUGAAAUAAAAAACAUUGAGAAUCUACACUCAUUGAUAAAACUGAGGGAACUGAAUUUAGCUGAAAAUUUGAUUGAGAAAAUAGGCAGCUCUCUCACUUGCAACUCACACCUGGAAGAUUUGAAUCUCUCUGGCAAUCCUCUGUGGUCAUUGAGGGACUUAACAUGUCUUGUUCGCAUGAUCAAGCUUAUGCGUUUGAGCCUGAAAGACCCAUUGUACCACCCAUGUCCAGCCAGCCAACUGUGUAACUAUUCCACUCAUAUUCUGUACCACCUGCCGAAUCUCUCAGCCCUGGACACUCUAGACAUCACCAACAGACAGCUGGCUGAUCUUGCUGAGGGAACAGUUAACAAAAAGAAAAUGUUUUACAACAUGAGGGCCAAGACAAUUAAGAGGAAUAUGUCAGACCUGUUGGCAAGAUUGGGGACGACAAAGAAAGAACUGAUGGAGACGCCAACCAGCAAACUGAGAGUCUUGAACUUUGUCAUCAAAGAGAUGGAGAGAGAAAUGGAGCUUGGAGGGGAUGAAAAUCAUCCUGUGCCAGACGCGUGUGACAGUGACCCUGAGAGUGAAAGGGAUGUUAAGCAUCCAGAAAAGUCAAGGACACCAUAUAGAAUCAAACUUGAUGCCUUAAAGCAGAAACGUAGACGGUGGGAGACAAAGAUCAAUGAAAUGGAAACUUAUGCUCGGGCAUCAGAAUCUCGUGUGAGGUUGACAGCAGAUGUGAUGAUCAACAGACUGUUGGUGGAGUUGGAGACUGGGGGCAAUGUGAAAUUUGUUGAUGGCCAGUCCAGCGACGCUUGGUUCACAUCGUGUCAUGAUCUUGUUCUUUCCCGCUUCUGUGCCUAUGAUUACCGGGAUCUUGGUGUUGUUGGCAUAAAAAUUCACAGAAUUGUACGGAUACACAAUCGCAUGCUGCGCACCCGAUUUGACAAAUCCAUCAUCAACCUGACAGAGAGCAACAAAGGAGAGUAUUAUCCAGGUGUCAAAAAUACAGCUUACAAAAAGUCUCUGGAAUAUUUGUUCUGGAUGUCUGACCCUGAGAUGCCAGGCGGUCAUAAUGAGAGUGCCCGCAUCCCUGAGGAGGGAUUUCUGGAUGGGGAAACCUACAUGAAACUUGGGCGGGAUGGGGCUGUUCCAUUGAGUAACAGCAUCAGUUUGGCUGACAGGAGAAGGAUUGCGCACUGCAUCAAAGUCAACAGAGACAAGGAGGAUAUUGACAACUGUCCUUUCAGAUUUGGUCAGCUGAUUGUUGCAAAGACUCAUCUUGGCAAAAGUGUUGUGGCAACGGAUGAGAGACAAAUCUGUAAAGCAUCAUAUCCCAAGAUGGAUUCUGUUUUCAGACCAAGAAAGAACUGUAUACCAAAAGAAAAAAAAUCAGAGGAAAAUGGCUGUGAGUGUAGUGCUCGGCAGUGUGAGUGGUACAUCUUCAACAAUAACCUUGUUCUUCCUGAAUACAUCAUUGAGUUUGAGUAUGUCACAAGGCUGAAAUCCCGGUGCCCGUUUCAAAACCUGAACGAGGACCUUCUCAGUGAGCAGCCAGCAAAGCCGCCCAAGACAAACGCGGUAGCUCACCACGAGGACCAUGACAGUGACAGCGACAGUGACAUCAUCAGAAUGGAACCCGAGUUUAAAUCUCGACCACGCAUGGUGACCCUCACUGAUGAACUGAUCUUGAGAGCUGCCAAGGUCGACAUGAUGCACAAGGUCACGGUGCUCAACCUGCAUGGCAAUGGCCUGACCAAGCUGCGACAUCUACAGGUCGUGACAAAUCUCAAGCGUUUGGUCGUUAGCUUCAACGAGCUCACUCGACUGGAUGAACUCUCCAACAUGCAUAUUGAGUACAUAGAUGCAAGUUUCAACAAGAUUUGCACUCUGGAUGGCAUGAAGGGCAUGACCCACCUUUCAGAGCUCAAUGUCUCCUGGAACAAGCUGGCCAACACCAGGGAAGAGCUCUCCAUUUUGAGAAAGCAUCUUGGCGGGUUGAAAGUUUUAGACAUUCGCAGCAAUCCCUGGCUGAAGGCAGUGGAUCUUCGUUUGCGUGCAAUAGGAAGACUGAAGAAUCUCCAAAUGCUAGACGGUAAAAGAGUUGAAGAGGAGGAAGCUGCCCUGGCAUUCAGAUGUGCUGCUGGCUCCAGGAUUUCCCAGCUGUCGCUGCUGACUCAUUCACGCACUGACUCAACCGUCCCAAGAUCACUCUCUCUGGGGACGUGUGCCCAUAUCAUUUCAACAGUCAGUCGCCAUAAGCCCAUGAAGUCGAGUGAGAAUGAUGCAAGCUGGUACAGUCAGGUGACAACUCUAAACUUGGAUAACCAACACAUCACAAAACUGUCCAACUUGGACCGUCUGGAGAGUUUGCAGUGGGUCUCAUUCAACAACAAUGAUCUCACCCGCAUUGAGGGCCUAGACGGUUGUACCCAGAUCUUGGAGUUGUCCCUGAGCAACAACUGUUUAGCCCACCUUGAGGGAAUGAGCAAACUGACCCGCAUUCAGCGUCUUGACCUCUCCCACAAUUGCCUCACCUCCCUGAACACCGGGGCUCUCUCUGCAAUGUCGUCCCUGACCUCGCUGUCUCUCGAGUCCAACAAGCUGACCAGCCUGGCAGGACUUCAGCGAGCCACAGCUCUCGUGGAGCUGUACAUAGGCAACAAUGAGAUCAGCAACAUUAGGGAGGUCUUUCUUUUGAAGUCCUUACCUAACCUGGUGAUCCUAGACAUGUAUGGAAACCCAAUGGUCUCCCAGGUGGAAAACUACAGGCUUUUUGUGAUCUACCAUCUACGCUCCCUCAAAGCUUUGGAUGGAACAGCUAUUGAAGCUCACGAGGGCAACAUGGCAAAAGACACGUUUGGUGGUCGACUGACCCCGGAUUUCAUAGCCGAAAAGCUAGGACAUUCCUCAUUUUUAGAGGUCAGGGAACUAGACUUGCCAAAUUGUGCUAUCAGAACAGUUGACCUGGGAACAGGAGAGCAGUUCAUCAACCUGAGAAGUGUGAACUUAGAGCACAACAACCUUCAGUCUUUCACUGGACUUAUCCAUUUGGUGAAUCUCAGGGUUCUUUGCCUCAAUCACAACCACAUUGAAUGCAUUGUGCCCAAGUCCAAAACAACACCUAGCCUGAAAGGAGGAUCUAGAUUUGGAGGCAACUUUCCAAGCAAGAAUGUUGACUACUUUGCAGAGAACUGUGCCCCGGUAUUAGAAAAUCUGGAAGUUUUGCACCUUGGAUACAAUGGAAUCAAAGACAUGGCUGCUCUGCAACUCAGUCGUUUGCCUUCACUGAAAGCUCUCUUUCUUCAAGGAAAUGAGAUCGUGAAAGUGGAAGGUCUGGAUGGACUCCAUGAUUUGCGUGAACUCGUGCUAGACAGAAACAAAAUCAAGCAGUUGUCAGAAUAUUCCUUCAUAAAUCAAUGGAACCUCCAGGAAUUGCACUUGGAGGAAAAUCGCCUUAGAGACCUGGUUGGCCUGGGUUGUCUGGAGAACUUAUUGCGUCUGUAUCUGGGCUCCAACCGCAUCCAGGAGCUGGUUGAGUUAGACAGAUUGGACACUCUACACAACCUGGUAGAGAUUUCUCUGGUCAACAAUGCUGUGGCACGACGACUCAUGCACCGUGUUGUUCUUGUUCAUCGACUUCCAAGACUUGCUGUGAUUGAUGGCAUUCUCAUUACUGAGGAAGAACGGAACAAGGCAGAGCUUUAUUAUGCUGACCAGACCCAGAUGAUGACGGGCCAACCACCCAUGACUGGUCUUGAUUCUGGUCUACCUGGAAUUGGUCACUACAAGCCCAGUGUCCAAGUGAAGGUGACAAACAUGCAACUGUCUUCACCACCUGUGUGGGGAAACACUUCUCACUUUGAAGAGGAGACUGGACAAAGGGGAGGUGGCCGCAACAAGCGUCAGACACGUGACUUACAAAGGCAAGCUUUCGGCCUUCCUGGAGGAGGUGGUGCCAACAACACUGCUCCAACAAACAACAAUGGCCGCAUGCAGUAUACCUAUCUGAACCAGAUGCCCUACUCUUCCAGUCAGACUGCUGAAUAUGUGGAAAACAUUGCCAGAAUGAACCAACAAAGAGCCAACAAAAGAUGAGACAUAUCUUGCUUAUGGAUGUUGGAAUCACUACAAUAUUUCAACUAGCUUCAGAGAUGAGCUUACAGUCAAACCUGCCCUGACGGCCACCUCUAUAAGAUGGCCACCUGUGCAAACGGCCACUUUCCUUUUCCCC